UCACAUAUUCACCUGGAAAUCAGAGGAUAUUGGACACAGGCCACCUGCCAAUCAUACCUGGGAAUAAAACUACAUCUGUUCAAGGACUUACCUUUUGAAUUAAGGAGAAUAAAGUCUACAGGCAUGGAUAAACGACUGCUCCUCAGUUUUUUGUUGGUGACACUGUCCUUGGAAUUUAUGGCCACCUAUGCUCAGAGUAAUACAACAACAGUACCACCAGCCAACAACGCAACUACAGUACCACCAGCCAACAACGCAACUACAGUAGCACCAGCCAACAACGCAACUACAGUAGCGCCAGCUAAUAAUGCAACUACAGUACCACCAGCCAACAACGCAACUACAGUACCACCAGCCAACAACGCAACUACAGUACCACCAGCCAACAACGCAACUACAGUAGCACCAGCCAACAACGCAACUACAGUAGCGCCAGCUAGCAACGCAACCACCGUGGCACCAGCUAGCAACGCAACCACCAUGGCACCGGCUAAUAAUGCAACCACAGUAGCAUCAAACACACUCCCGGCAGUGGCCAGUAUUUCUCGACAAGAAUGUGGCUCCUCAAAGCUCUGUGCAGCUGAACCCUCAAAGUGUGAUCCCUCUUCCUCAACCUGCUAUUUUGUUUCUGCCAAGCAACAAAGUGGCCAAACGUACAACUUUGAGCUCUCAGGACAGACAGACGGCUACAUUGCUGCUGGUCUGUCAAAUGCUGCAUCUCAGACUGCCAGUCACAGAGCCUAUUUCUGCGCUAACCACAAAGGUGCUGUCCGUUUCUUCACUGGCUUCAUCAAUAAUCUGGUUCUAAAUCUCACACAGACACUUAACUCAAGCAAUGUGAAGGGAUCAGUCAACUCAGGAAAAAUCCAGUGCACAUUUUCAGCUGACCUACCUGACACGACGACACGAGCAGCAGGUUAUGCUGUGUCUGUUACAACUGGAACUUACAAUGCCACUUCCGGGGAACUGGGAAAUGCAAACUUCAGAAUCCUAACACCUCUUGUGAACCUCUCCGACCCUACCACCAACGUCACCAAUUUGCUGAGCAACAGCACUAACAGCACCUCCUCUGCUUAUCCGGUCACACACACACAGUCAUUCUUGCCAGUUCUGCUGGUCACCGUGUCUCUGCUGGCUUUCACAGCAGUAUGAAGCAACUUAUCUCCACCAUGUUAGAAAAAGGCCGUAACGUCUCUAUCAAUGAACACAGACGACUAAGAUCAAAAAUGGAGCAGGUCUUGGACAGAUUUUCCUACUUUGGUAGGAUCCAUUUUGUGCUGACUCAGUUUUUUUAUUUUAAGAACAACUCCUCAAGCCUCUGCUCCGUUGCUUGGUGACAAGUUUACAACCCUUUGUGAUUCUGAAUCAAAAGAGAAAUUAUGUCAAAUGCUUCCUCUUUAGUUCUAUAAAACUAUUUACCCACAACACUUCUGGAAUUCUGCUCUGUGAUGUAAAACUUUUCUACAAAUGAAGGAAAAACUGAUUUUUUUCAAGAGUCAAAAAUAUGUCAUCAUGCUUGACCGCAUUUGUGUUUCAAGGUCUGGUUAUACUUUAGAAGUCUAUUUUACUGGUGCAUGUUGAAAUCUUCAAUUCUUAUUUCUUUUGACACUGCAUUGUUCUUUGUUGUAAUAAUGGUGUUAAUUAUUUUAGCAGUUCCUUGAUUAUGAAGUCUUUAAUGGCUGAUGUGAAUGAAUGUUAAAACAAUUAAGAUGUUAAAUGUGGUAAUACAUGUUGAAGGUGAUUGAAAAAUAUGCACAAAUUGAAUAUUUUAAUAUAUAUUUUUAAUAAAAUACUUUGUCAACUUAAUUAUUCAAACUGAA